GGAGGGGGAGGGGAGUUGGUGCAAAAGGAGGCUCGAGCGCGUCCGCCGACAACCAGCAGCAGCCAGCGAGCCAGCCGCCGGAGAAAUAUCAAUAUGGCAAAGCGUGACCCGAAGAAGCCAAGAGGCAAGAUGUCCUCUUAUGCGUAUUUUGUUCAGACUUGCCGUGAAGAACACAAGAAGAAAAGCCCUGAUAUUCCAGUUAAUUUCUCGGAAUUCUCUAAAAGGUGUUCUGAAAGAUGGAAGACCAUGUCCAGCAAAGAGAAGGCCAAAUUUGAAGAACUGGCCAAAGUAGACAAGGCACGUUAUGACCGAGAAAUGAAAAAUUACGUGCCAGCUAAAGGUAGCAAGAAGAAGAAGAAGGACCCCAACGCGCCAAAAAGGCCUCCCUCUGGGUUCUUCUUGUUUUGCUCGGAGCAUCGACCAAAAAUCAAAGCUGUCAGUCCUGGCUUAUCUAUUGGUGAUGUAGCAAAGAAGCUUGGUGAACUGUGGAAUGCAUGCAGUGAAGAAGAGAAGAAGCCAUUCAUUAGCAAAGCUUGUAAGCUGAAGGAGAAAUAUGAUAAGGAUGUUGCUGAUUAUCGUGCCAAAGGCAAGGUGGAUAGUGCAAAGAAGCCCCCUGCCAAGAAGGAGGCAUAUUGUGAUGACGACGAUGAUGAUGAGGAAGAAGAUGAGGAGGAAGAGGAGGAGGAUGAAGAAGAUGAUGAUGAUUAAAUUGUACAUUUUGCCUCAGCUUAUUACUUGCUAUGUAACUGAAAGCAUUUAAACCCUGUUACAAGUGUUGCAACCUUUUAAUUUUGUAAGUUGGUGUGUAUAUGGUCUAAGGCAAAAAGUAGCUUGAGUUUUAAACUGUACAGGCCUUUUUGUAAUAUUCACACUACAGCGGUGGACAUUGAGUCAACUGUUAACUCCUCUUUCUGUAGACUGGCUCAGCCUCCUGUGCAGAAGGGGGAUUUAACUGGAUUAAAAUGUAUUUAUGUGGUGUUGUGUUUAAGUGCAGUAUAGUUUAAAGUGCCGUUGUAGCCAAUUCUUCAAUUUUUGAGAUUGCUGUAAGUAUGAGGGGUAAUGAAGCAAUCAAAGUUUAAAAAAUAAAUCAGAGUUGUCAGUAGGCAUUUUUUUUUAAGCCUGCCACGCUUGUAGGCAACAUCGCACGGUGUCUGUCCCACAUACUAGAAUGGUCGUGCAAUAUACUUUUGACUUCAUUCAGAAUGAGUAAGGUAUGGUUUAUUGAGCGGAGUAGCAAGAUGGCAGCCACCCUUGGGUAGUGAUCAGUUUAAUCUAGACCUGUUGGAUGAAAAGGAGGUCACCAUCAUUCAGUGCUAGCCUCCUGUGCCUAUGUAUAUCAUGCUACUGUACUCCAAGAAAAUAUUGGUAAGCAGAAGCCAAAUCCAAAGGGCUGUAAAUGGUAAAUGAUUCUUUCCAUUUCUGUGAACUGUUGUUCUCUCUCAAAUGAGAAAGGACAUAUACUAUUUUAAGACAAACGCUUUGUUUUGGCAUUAAUAGGCCUGUCUGGUGUUCUAGGUAAUAUUCAUGCUUUAAGGUGAUUGCAUACUUCACAAUUGGUGCAAUUUGGGAACAAUUUGAGCAAAAUGCUUUAAGGCAUCUUUUUUUUAUAUAAAAAUAUUAGGACUUUGCAGUACAAUGUGGUCCUGCCUGAAUCUUCACAGGCUGUGUGGUGACUCCCAAUUUUGCACUUUGCUGAAAUCCUAGUGACAACCCUGAGCAUUCUGUACUUUAAAUGAUCUUGUAACUAAGGUAUAUUUUCUUUUUUGUAUGUUUAGUAUGCUAAAAUGUGUUUUGAAGUAAUUAAAACAGGAUUAAAUUUGUAAA